AGCGCGCUCGGGGCGCGGAGGGAACGGCGCAGGCGGGGGGCGGGAUGCAACGGUGCAGCCGGCGGCGGCAGGGGGAGAAGGGGGCGGGCCCUGAGGGCGAGGGCGCUGUCCCCGGGCGGGCGGGGCCGCGCGCCAGCCCAGUCGGUGCCUCCCCCCCGGCGGCCGCGUCCCGCCCCCCGGGCCGGCGGGGCACUGAGCGGUGUCGUUGUGCGCAGGUGAGCGCGGUGAGGAUGCGGCGGCCGGGCGAAGCGCAGCGCCGCGGUCCCCGGCAGGUGCCGGAGAACGAGCCUGGGGCUGGAGACAUGGAAUCCGACGGCGACCUCCCGGCGGAUCGGCCCUCGGCCCUUCGGAGUGGGAUGGAGGAGCCUGAGAAGGAGGCAGAUGAUGAGGGAGGGGAGACUGCCUGGCAGCAGAGCCUCAAUCCCGAGCUGCAGCAGGGGUACCGCAUCCUGCGCGAGUUCCUGCUGGAGAAGUACCGGCCUCUGACGGCGCCGUUCCUGAAGCCCCUCGCGGAUCAGGCAUUUUUCGGGGAAGAAGGCUCUGGCCCCCUCUUGGGCCGUAAGAGCAGCCAGUCCUUGCAGCAGUUGCCCGCUGGAAUAUGGCUAUUGAAAAUGGAAGAGAAAUUUUCCAGUGGGCAGUACACAGGGAUAGCAGAUUUCGUGUGUGACUUCCGGCUCAUGCUGGAGACUUGCUAUCGGCUGCACGGUGUGGAUCACUGGCUCUCCAAACAGGCCCAGAAGCUGGAGAUGAUGCUGGAGCAGAAGCUGGCGCUGCUGUCCCGGCAUUUAAGAGAGAAAACAUCAUUAGCUGUAACAUCUAGAGGAUGCUGUGGGCAGGAGGAUGAAAAAACAACAGCAUGCAUUUCUACAAGACGUCGUUCCACACCUCGCAAUUUAGUAGGUUUGUCAACAGGCAUGUUUGAGUCUGUGAUGGUUCAGGUUCUAAGACAAGAGGAGCAACUAAGAGCAAAAGAGGAAAAGAGGCAGAGAGAUCAAGAAAGAAAAGAAGCAGAAGAAGCUAGUCAGAAAGAAAUAGAAGAAUGGGAAAAAUCACUUUUAGCUCAAGCAGCACCUACAAGGAUGGAGACAAUGUGGGAGAUUCCAGCUAUUGGUCAUUUUCUGUGCUUGGCCCAACAGAUUUUAAAUUUACCUGAAAUAGUAUUCUAUGAAUUGGAACGUUGUCUUCUGAUGCCUCAGUGUAAUGUUUUUUUAUCUAAAAUAAUGACUUCUUUGUUAAGUCCUCCUCAUCGCAGACCUACAUUACAUCGCAGGCCUACGUUUUCCUACAGGACUUGGGAAGCAGCACUCCGAAAGAAAGUACAACACUGGUAUACUGUUGUGGGGCAGACUGACAAUCCUAAUGGUGCUGCAGAAAAACUUGGCUUGUGUCCCCAGUUUUUCAAAGUUCUGGGAGAAGUUAAUCCCUUGGAGGAAAAACCAUUUCAUGAGCUACCAUUCUAUCAAAAAGUAUGGCUGCUAAAAGGUCUCUGUGACUUCGUAUAUGAAACUCAAAAGGAUGUUCAGGAUGCGGUGCUAGGUCAGCCUAUCCAUGAAUGCAGAGAAGUAAUUCUUGGUUAUGACUGCUUGGAAAAUGCGUAUGUUCACUUUCCACAGUUCUGUGGUGCAGAUGUUCGAAUUUACAAACAAAAACCUUUUCAGGCUCCUGAAUUCCCACCUCUUCCCAUCAAAGUUAAAAAAGUGCCACGUAUUAAAUUGGAAAGAGUAAAACAUGAAUAUGUAAACAAAAGCAAUGGGGAGGUCAGUUCUGCUGGGAGAGAGCUGUGGUGUCAUUCCAAGACAGAAGGAGAGAAAGGUAUGGACAUUGUUAUCUGUCCAGAAAAAAGAACACAUUUAGGUAGUUUUAGAGUCACUACAGAGGAAAUGAAGGUUGACUGUGAAAUAAAAGCCUCAAGAGUUUGUGACAUCAAAAAACCUGGUUGUUAUAAAGAGAACUUCAGGAAUUUGAUUACUUCUGGAGAGAUUGUGGAUAUGGGUGGUCACCCUAGCUCAGAAGAAAUAACAGAUGUGGAGAAUGGACAAGGUUGCACUGAAAUGGCCGGAGUAGGACCUGAGCUGAGUCCAUUCAAGGGGAGCACACAGAAAGCUUGCCAAAUGCAUGUCAACGGCACUUAUAAUGAAAACCAAAGCAGAAAUUACCAUGAAUCUGCUGAAGAAACAGCGCUAGAGACCUUUCUGCAAAAUAAGAAAUUAAAUAAGAUGCUAGCAAAAAAGAAGAAAAAGAAAAAAAAGAAGUUGAAGGAUAUUCUAAAUGAAAAUCUACAGAGAAAACUUGAUGACUUGCAAAGAAAGCGUGAGAUUCAUCUUCAUCCAUUCAAAUCUUUUAAAUCUGAGAUCCAGAGCAAGUUGUUUUUAAUUAAAAAGAAAGCAAAACAUAAGAAGCACAAGUCUGGUAAGAAAAAAUCGUUAUCUAAAAAAGCAAUCACAAAGAAGAGGAAAGGUGUCAGAAAGUCUACCAUACCAGAAUUUCAGCUUAUUUGCACUAAUCUCGAUGAACUCAGGGAAUUAAUCACAAAGAUUGAGAAUGAACUCAAAGAUCUGGAGGACAUUAAAAAGAAAUCGGGAAGAUGGUUCCACCGGAAGCAAGCAGUAAAGGAAUUGCAUGGUACGUUGUUACGGCUGCUUAAUGAACUGUUACCAUGGGAACCAAAGCUAAUUAAAGCAUUUCAAAGAAACAGGUCUAGAUUGAAGAAGGACUAUGAUGACUUUAAAAGACAUCCAGACCAUGAUAAAUUUACCAGAGAAUUGUGGAGUAAUGAUGAAAGUGAAGUUGAUUCUGGCAAAGAAUCUUUUGCAGUAGUAUGCGGUAAAUCAUCAGAGUCUGCAGAACAUAUAGAAGUUCCCAAAAAAUAUCACUCAGACAAUGAUGAUAUGAAACUAUUAGAGAUGAAUUUACCUGCAGGAAAAAACAGAAUUCUGAAAAAAGAGUCAGCUUCUAAAGAGAUACAGAAGACACUGCCUAAAUGCAUUAAACGACAGUUCAAGCAAAAUAGUUGCCUGGAUCAAAGCACUAAUGAGCUUUCACCGAGGAAGAAAGCUAAACUGAGCACUAAUGAGGCUGUGGUCCAGAGUUCAGAAAGUAGCCUGCAGUUGGAUAGUUGCUUGACUGAGCUAAAACAAUUUGAAGGGUCAACUCUAGAGUUGCUGUCCUUGACAGAUCCUGCAACAUCAGUAUCAAACUUUCUGAAAGGGACCAAACCCAUCCAAGCUUUGCUUGCCAAGAAUACUGGGAACAAAGUGACCUUAACAAAUCAACUGUUGCCUCCUGCAGGCAUGAACGUAUCUGCUUCAGAAAAGUCGGCUUUACCAGCUUUGGAAUCAUCACUGAUCAAACCAGCAUUGCCCUGCCAGGCCAGUUCAAAUACUCCUUUACAAAUGGUAUACAAAAUGCCAAAUGGCCACUGUGUACCAAUAGACGUUCCCAACAGCUCAGUGAAAGUUCAAAUGCAAGCUAUGAUUGACCCUAAAAAUGGAGAAAAAGUCAUGCAACAAGUUCUUAUUUUACCCAAGAAUUUUCUUCUUCAGCAGAAGGAAGAAAAAAUUGUGUCCAAGGAUAUUCAGUCACUACAACAAAAGUCAUUUGAGAUGCACUGUACAUCUUUACCAAAAAUGCCAAACGUCAGUGUUUCUUUAACACCUGUUCUCGUGACAAGCCCUCCAAAUGCUGCCCAGUCACCCACUACAGUUUUUAGCAAGAAUACUACCCACUCAUCACAAGUGACUAGUCCCGUGAGCACUACACAACCACUGUCUAGUGUAACUUCAGCAGAUAACUUAUCAAUAAUUAAGGUAAGCCAAAGUGACAGUGACAAAUUCAAGACUACUGUUUCGACUGCUACAUUGCCUUUGGCUUCACCUACUCUUGCCACAGCUAGCCAGUCGUUGACAUCAGUAUUAAGUGCAUCUACAAACACUGAUUCUGCCUCUCACAGUCUAGCAUCACAGCAGCAAACUGACACCCUUGAAACUAAGCAAGAGUUAAAGACAGUGUGUGUAAGAGAAUCACAAUCUAUCCUGGUCACAACACGAGGUGGAAACACUGGAAUUGUUAAAGUGCAAACAAACCCAGACCAGAUUUCACCUAGUAGUUUAUGUCCUAGUUCAGUUUUCACUUACGCAUCUCAACUUCAGGCCUUUAUUGUGCCAAAAACCACAGCAGUAUCAUGCUCUAGUCUUCCAUUUGUAGCAACAGCCACAUCUAGUCUCCCACAUAUUGGACAAUCAUCUCCUUCUGGAUUUGCCCCCUCAACAACUUCUUUUGUUAACAUUCCGGCUUCCCCUGCUGAUUUUACCCAGGCAAUGGAGAAAAAUACCAAAUUCACACUACAGCAGCCAGCUGUUUGGGACUCUUUGUGUCGAGUAAGAGAGGACUCCUGCCAUGUGUCGUCUUCUUUAUCCUCCAUUCCAUUAGCUAGCAAUUUGGUGUCAGCAGCUCCAAACAGCCUUGUUAGUGUGACUAGCAUUGGACAAAGUAAUAUUGUUAAAACACCAAAUUCUUCUGUGCAGCAUCAAGGGGAUACUAAAGGGAAAACAAAAUCUGUUACACAAUCUGAGUCAAAUUCUGCAACAAAUGGAGAGUUAAUCAGUGGUACUUCAGUCCAGAAAUUUACAUUAAUCACAAAUCCACCAAUUUUAUCUUCUUCUGGGGCAUCAGGGGUCAGUAUUAUACCCUGUCCAGCAUCCACUGCUGUUAAUGCUCAGAAGCUGCUUUUCAUUAACACACAAAUUGCCAAUGGCCCAUCAACAACCAAUCUAGUUGCAGAGUCAUUGAAACAGAAACUUCCUUCUUCCCUGACCAAAACCUUUGUUAAUGCCACAGAGCACCCACAGUUGGUUUUGAUCCCAUCUACAGUAGGAGCACCAAUACGAAUAAACUCAUCACCGACUAUUGCUCAAGUAAAAGAUGUGAAAUUUGGACUAAAUAUAGGUCAGACCAUUGUAAAUACUAAAGGCAGUGCACAGGAGGCUGUACCAGUUAAUAUAUUGCACUCUGGCAUUUCUAAAGGAGAAGACAAGAAGAGGAUGGCCUCGGCCCCAUCCUUGACAAGUAGUACUGUGGUUCCAAUUCCAAAGUUUGCUGUGUCAGCUAAUGAAUCUGUAUGUGUUGCAAAAGCUGAAAAUGCCUUUACAAUGACAACAGCAAAUGCACAAGUAGAAUCUGUUUCAGUUACAUCAAGUGGAGCUUCCUCUGGGGCACAGUCUACUGUCUUGAUUGGUGGCAAUGAUCCCUCAAGAAUAAGACCAGUUCUGGGUAAUCGACUUUGUACAUCAAAUAUUGGAAAUACUGUGGGUAUAUCAACUGUGAAGACAGGACAUCUUGCUUCGUCUGUGCUGAUUUCAACACAGCCAACAGUAUCUCCUCAAAACUUAGCAUCUGCUCUGCAAUUUCCAGUCAUUAGCUUGCCUGGACCUGCAGCCACCCCCCACAAGUUGUUACAUACAGUAACAGUUCCUCAGUUGGCAGCAGUUUCAGCUCCUCUUCCAGUACCAAAAAGGCAGUUGCCCACACUGGUUCAGUUUCAGUCAUCAGGAAUUUCAGCUGCUGUGUCAAGUCAUGCAGGUAUUCACAAACCCCAGAGUGUGUUGCCCCCUCCAUCACCAAAUACAGGUGAAGUAAUUCGUUUUCCCAGUCUUUCCACCCUACAAUACCAGCAGGUGCCUCCCAGUACAGAGAAACAAAGUCAUGAUUAUGCUUGUGCUUCUGCCGUUCAGAUGUCUGAAGCUUUGCCCCCUGUAACAAGCAAAACAGGAGGAAUUCCAUUGAAUGAACCCUCCACUCAACAGAAAAUAGUCAUUAACACUUGUAUGCCUUUGGCACCUGGAACUCAGAUAAUGAUUAAUGGUACUCGUUUUGUUGUUCCACUACAAGGGCUUGGAGCUGGCAGCCAUGUUCUUCUUCUCUCCUGUAAUACAAAACAGACUCCUUUAACAAUUAACCAUGGUCAAGAGCCUCAAGGUGUACCAACUGUUAAUCCAGUAACCUCAAAAAUCAUCCUAGCACCAAGUCAUUCGUUAAGUUGGCAAAUACCAAAACAUCCUUUGAAAAGCUCUACAAAAAUUGUGAACUCUUUUGGAACUGCAGAUGCUUUACCCAUUGUACAUGCAACUCCCCAGAUAUUUAGUACUCCAGCUAGCUCAUGUGCUUCACUGUGUGCAGUAACUCUGUCUGUGUCUUCAGUGACAAAGUCUCCCAUUAAUGUAGCUACAUCUUCUGUUUCUGCUGUUCAUCCUCUGAACUCUCAUUUACCAAGCAACACAUCAGUGUUUCAGCUAGAUGGUCCUAUCAAAAAACUGUUGGUCAGUCCAGAGGGAGCCAUACUGAAUGCUCUGAAUACUUCAGCAUCAAAAGUUCCUUCCCUGUCUUCAUCACUACUUCCUGCUGUUAAUUCCACCAGCAGAAAUGCUACUGCGGUCUUCCCUGCAUCUCAGUCAUCUUGCCUUGAAAAACCUGACAAAGCUGCACCCUGAAUUUACUGGAAAUGAGCCACUUUGAAAUUUUGGGGCAUUCUUCAAACUUUGGAAGUUGUUAACUAUUGAAAAAUUUCUUAUAAUGUUUUAAACAAUUGAUUUACUCAAUAUUAACAAGGUUACAGUUCUUACCUGUUUACCUGUGGGGAUGUGGAGAAAGAAAAAUUUUAGUUUGUCAGAAGUUUUCAGAAAGUUCUCUAGUAAAAGGCUCAGAGAUGACCAAUUAAUUCAUUUAACAGUUUGAAGAAAUCUCACCAUUUGCACAUGUUCCAUCUUACACUAUGGACUGUUUGUUAGUGUGUUUAUGACAGUAUAUAUCUCCUUUUUAUUUGUCAAAUUUAUUUUUGGCUUGUUCUUUAAAAAAAAAAAAAUGCAUUGUAAAAAUGCAAUCUACAGUAUAGAAUUGUACAUAUUCCUGAACUCCUAAAAACCUGUACUAAAUAAUAUGUACAAAGAACUAUGCUGUCUUAUUUAUGUUUUGUUUACAUAAUGUAUAGUUUUUUAAGUAUUUUAGUAAUUUUGGACCAGUGUACUGUUUAGCAACAAUGCAGAAGAAUCUGUAUGUAAUAAAUGAAGUUGCUGUACUGCUUUGUGUUGGCAGUAGUUAAAAAUAUGUGCAUAUGUUACACCAUGGGAGAAUACAUACAUAUAUAUCUUUCUUUUGGUGUAUGGCAGAAUGAAAUUAUUUAAUCUCUUCUGUUCUUCUUUGAUUUUACGUUUCACGUGAUUUGACAGGAAUUGGAAGGAAGGCCUCCUUCUUGUUCCACAUGAUAUAGGGCAGGAUAACCCAUACUUCAUCCAUUCUUUAUGGUUUGGUUAUGUUGCCUGAAUAACUGCAGUGAAAUGGUAAGGCUACAAAUGGCUUCCUAUACACCAGUCUAUGUCACAUUGAUUGCUCUUGAGCACUGCCAUGCUUUGUCUUAAAGCUCAAAGAUCUGUUGAGCAAGUCACUGUUCUCUGUUUUACAGCCUUGAAUGUAUUUCCACAUUAUCUAGUAACUGUAACAAGGUCACUCACUAAUCUUCCAUCUAGCCAUAAAAACUACCCGUUUUUUUCACUGGUCAUGCUUUCUAGCUCUGUAUGUUUUCUUAAGCUUAUAAGUGGUCUGUCUGGAAGGACAGUGCUAAAACAUCAUACAAGAUUAAAAGAAGCUUUAUUAGUACUUUGAAUGGGGAUAAUUUACAUAUUGCAUAAACUUUCCCUUUUUAUACAGUGUAUUCAAUAUUUAUUGGCUUAGUUUCAGCAUUUGAUCUGAUAAAACCUUUGGGUUAUUUUCUGCAGAUCUGCUGAGUUCAUAGCUGCCUGCUGCAGUGCUCAUGGAGAUAAGUUUUUUAUAUCUUUUGUGAUUUUGCAUAUAGAGAAAGGGUGCCCAUCUUAUGGAAGAUGGUGAUUUUAGAAUUGUUGUCUUCAUAUGUGUGGAUUUUUUGUGGAGUUUAUUGGUUUGGUUUUCUUUUAGAAACUAGAAGGGAGGAUUUCAGAAGAGCUUGUGAAUGAUAGUUGCCUUUUAAAUAGCUAUGACAAAGGGGAUAAAAGCUUACAUAUCUGUAUUUAGCAGUGUUUGUAGACUGAGUUUCAUAAAAAUUAAGCUUCAA